AUGGCUGCACCACAGCAAAAGAGUCUAAUCCACACGGCGGGAUGCCUGAUCAUAGGGGAUGAAGUACUGGGAGGAAAGACUGUAGAUACAAACUCGGCAUAUUUUGCAAAGUGGUGUUUUUCGCUGGGCAUCAAUCUGCGCAGAGUCGAGGUGAUUGCGGAUGACGAGGGCGAGAUUGUUGAGGCCGUCCGACGCAUGUCGAAGAACUAUGAUAUGGUGGUGACGAGUGGUGGCAUUGGGCCCACUCACGACGACAUCACGUACCAGUCGAUAGCGAAGGCGUUUGGCUUGCAGUUGAAGCUGCACGAACCGGCGUUUGAGCGGAUGAAGCGUCUUUCGAAGCCGCACAAGUCACAGCCCGGCUUUGACUGGAAUGUGGAUUCACCUGCGCUGACGGCUAAGAAGCGCAUGGUUCAGCUGCCGAUUGACGAGUCGUUGGCGGAUGAAGAUCAAGUAGUCUUUAUUGAUGAUUCGCUGUGGGUGCCAGUUAGCGUGGUUAAUGGCAAUGUCCACAUUCUGCCUGGUGUGCCGCGACUUUUUGAAGCCUUGUUGGACGGACUGAAGCCCCGCAUCCUGCCGCGUCUGACGGACCCGGAGGGCAAAGGGGUAUUGCGCAUUCUGAUUUCGACGCCACUGGCUGAAAGCACCGUUGCGGGAUACCUGACGGAACUUGCAGCGAGGGCGGAGCCAAGGGGGGUCAAAGUUGGCAGCUAUCCGAGAUGGGGUAAGGAUCGCAAUACAGUGACGCUCGUUGGCCGGGAUCGGGAGUUUAUGGAGAGCCUGGUACCGGAGGUGGAAAAGGCAGUUGAAGGCAGGCGGGUCAGUGUAGAGGGCGAGGACGACGGUGAGACGUCGGACAAGGACUCGUAG